UUAUAUAUCUUCAUCACUUUCUUAUUGAUAAAAGGAGUUUUCGGGGCUUUCUAGCAUCAGGGUCGGUCGUGGAUAAGAUGCUUUCUGUCAUAUCAUUUUGCAUGCUUUUGAGUUUUGUAUUCAUUGAAGCAGCUCAAAAUGGCUCCCUCAUAACUCACCUACCAGGCUUCAAUGGUGUCCUUCCAUCCGAACACUACUCAGGAUAUGUUAGCAUAGAUGAGAAGAAUCUCUUCUAUUACUUGGCUAUUUCAGAAAGAAACCCUUCGACUGAUCCAGUUGUUUUGUGGCUGAAUGGUGGACCAGGCUGCUCUGACUUUGAUGGUUAUGUUUAUGAACAUGGUCCUUUUAAUUUUCAAGAAGGAAUCCCCAAAGGAAGCCUGCCCACAUUGCAUCUUAAUCCACACAGUUGGUCUAAGGUUUCAAAUAUUAUUUACUUGGAUUCUCCGGUUGGUGUUGGGCUCUCUUACUCUCAAAAUACAAGCACAUAUAUAACCGGAGACCGGCAGACUGCAGCUGAUACACAUGCCUUCCUCCUCAAGUGGUUCACGCUGUAUCCGGAGUUUGUCAGCAAUCCAUUUUAUAUUUCAGGAGAGUCUUAUGGAGGAAUUUAUGUGCCCACUCUUGCUUCUGAAGUGGUGAAAGGAAUCAAAGCUGGUGCAAAGCCCACAAUCAAUUUCAAGGGCUACAUGGUGGGAAACGGGGCGACAGACUCUGAUUUUGAUGGGAAUGCUCUUGUCCCCUUUGCACAUGGGAUGGCCCUAAUUUCAGAUGACAUUUUCAAGGAAGUAGAAGCUGCUUGUGGGGGAAACUAUUCUAGCACUAGUGAGAGUUGUGAACAAAAUCUUGAAAAAGUUUCUAUGGCACUUCACGGCCUAAAUAUUUAUGACAUUCUUAAACCUUGCUACCAUGACCCCAAUGCACAACAAAAUUCAAAAGGAAACACUAGCUUGCCAGUUAGCUUCCAGCAAUUAGGGGCAACAGAGAGGCCUCUUGCAGUGAGAAAGAGGAUGUUUGGUCGUGCUUGGCCAUAUCGGGCACCAGUCAAGGAUGGCAUUGUCCCUUUAUGGCCUGAACUUGCAGCAAACUACAGGCGGCAUGUACCAUGUACUAACGAUGAAAUUGCAAUGAUAUGGUUAAAUGAUGCAGCAGUCAGGCAGGCAAUUCAUGCUGAACCAGAAAACGUAACUGGCCAAUGGGUGUUAUGUACAUCUAGAAUAACGUAUUAUCAUGAUGCUGGGAGUAUGAUUCCUUACCAUAAAAACCUAACAGCUGAAGGUUAUCGAGCACUUAUUUUCAGUGGAGACCAUGAUAUGUGUGUGCCAUACACUGGGACCCAAGCCUGGACAAUGUCACUUGGAUAUAAAAUAAUAACUCCAUGGAGAUCAUGGAUGUCUCCUGAGGACCAAGUUGCUGGGUAA